AUGGAAGUCGAUCCCUUGUCGGUGACGUUCCGGUGGCAGAUCGAUGGUUUCUCCAAGCUGACAGAGCGGGCGGUCUAUUCCAACACCUUCCUGGUUGGGGGGUACACCUGGCGGCUGAUGAUGUACCCGGAAGGGAGCAAAGAUCUAGAGGACUUGGCGUUGUUCCUCGGCGUGGCGAAUUACGCAACUCUGCCGCCCGGUUGGACCAAGCACAUGGACUUUGUGUUGACUGUGGUCAACCAGUUUGACCGGACAAAGUCAGUGCGGACAGCAACAAGCCAGGAGAAGUACAGCGCAUGCUCAAAUAACCGGGGUUGGAAUUCCAUCAUGCCACUCAAGGAUCUUAACGACCACUCUAAAGGCUUCCUCGUUAACGACACUCUGUUCAUUGAAGCCGAGGUGAAAGUGUGUGAUAAAUCAAAGAGUCGCACGGGAUAUGUGGGGCUCAACAACCAAGGGGGCCUGUGCUGCAUGUCCCCGUUGAUUCAGAUGCUGUUCUACAUCCCCUUCUUCCGGAAAGCCGUGUACCGCGUGCCUGUCUCUGCAAAUGACUCUCACACUGGCAGCAUCCUUUCAGAGCUUCAAAACAUUUUUUACAAGAUGCAGUUCACCGAUACUAACGCUUCCACCAAGGAGUUCACUAAGAGGUUUGGGUGGGAGGAGAGGCGAUUGAUGAAGAUGAAGCAUGAUGCACAUGAGGUGUACCGGGUGCUGUGUACGAAGCUAGAGGAGGAGAUGAAGGGGACAUCUGUGGAGGGCAGUCUGGAGAAGCUGUUUAAUGGGCAUGUUAUGAACUACAUUGAGUGUGUCAACGUGGAUCACAAGUCCGCCUCGAAAGAGCCAUUUGCUGGCUUGCUACUGAAUGUGAAGGGGUGCAAGGACGUGUACGCGAGCCUGGACAAAUAUGUAGAGGCGAAGAAUCUUGAUGGCAACACCAAGUUCUAUGCGGAACAGCAUGGGGUGCAGGACGCUAAGAAAGGUGUGCUUUUUGUGGACCUCCCACCGGUGCUGCAGCUGCAUUUGAAGCGGUUCGAGUAUCGGUUCUGGAAUACAUUGAAGGUCAAGGAUCGGUUUGAGUUUCCUCUCGAGCUGGACAUGGAUAAGGACAGUGGCAAGUACCUCACCACGGACUUGGACAGGACUGGCCGCAAUCUCUACCUGCUGCACAGUGUUCUGGUCCACACCGAUGGAGUUAAUGAUGGCCACUGCUAUGCCUUGAUUCGUCCGAACCUCGGAUCUCAAUGGUACAAGUUUGACAAUGAAGAAGUAGAAAAGGAGCAAUUCAAAGGCGACGAGGAGCUCUACACCAAUGCGUACAUGAUAGUCUACAUCCGCCAGUGCGAUCGGGAGAAAAUUCUCUGCAGCAACGAUGUGGAUGGCAUUGCACAACCGUUGCAAGCUCGGUUGAAGCGGAAAAGUGAGGAGGAUCAGCUUACAGAGAUCAAGGUGACACAGGAGGAGGACCUACGCCAGCAGAUUGGCCAAAGCGUCUAUGUUAAUCUCGUGGACCAUCGUCUAGUGAGGAGCUUUCGGGUGGAGAAGCAGAUGCGGUUCUCGGAAUUCAAGACAGAUGUGAAGAAGGAACUGGGAGUUCCGGUUGCCAGGCAGCGGUUCUGGGUGUGGGGGAAGGGGCCAAGUGAAAUGUCUCGACCGAACAAGCUCUUGAACUCAGAGGAGGAGGGGAUGACGGUGGGAAGGUUGAGGAACUCUCUCAAGAGAGGGAGCACCGCUGUCCAACUGUUUCUGCAAGCCACUCCCUCCUCUGGGAGGAAUAAGGAUGACAUUCUGCUCUUCAUCAAGUUUUAUGAUCCGAUGCACAGCACCAUUAGGUAUGCAGGCCAUCUCUCUGUGAAGCCUGACAACACGCCUGCAGAUGUGCUCGAGAGGAUGAAGAAGUUAUGUCGCGUCGCGUCCAAAGAGGACAUCUUGCUUUUCGAGGAGAGCGAGAGGAGCUUCGGCAUGGGUGUGCGGUGUGUCCCUGUCGACAAGACAGACAUCUUUGAAGACAUGCAGCUGGAAGAUGGUGACAUUCUGUGCGUGCAGAAGGCACUCACUGCAGCACAGAAGAGUGGUCUGAAGCACCCGGACGUGCCCUCAUUCCUCCAGUUCGUGCAGACCCAGCAGGUGGUGCACUUCCGGCGCUUGGGCUUCUCCAAAAAAAAAAAAAAAACGAAAAACGAAAAACGAAAACUAGAUAAUCCUGACCCGACCUUUUUCAGCUUUCUCAUUUCAUUCACACAGUCAUAUCCAGACCUUUUUUUUUCCCACAAAAUCACAUUUCCCACUAAUUCCUUUGUUCAUUUACUCAGUUCCAAGCAGGACACAUAUGACAAAGUAGCGGAGCGACUAGCAGAGAAGCUCAGACUAGCUGAUGCUACCAAGAUUCGACUCACCGCGCACAACUGCUACUCACUGCAGCCCAGGCUGCCCCCGAUCAAGUACCAGGGAGCAAAGUGCCUUGGUGAAAUGCUUGCUCACGAUGAUCAGGCAUCAAGCAUCCUCUACUUUGAGACGCUCAAUGUACCACUGCCAGAGCUGGAGAAACUCGCAACGCUCGCGAUUCUCGACAUCACGUUUCAUGGCAGCAAGACAAACAAGCCCCGUCCCUUGGUGGCGUUUUCGUCUCGGCUGCUGAUUGGGUCAGUGACUGUGACGUCACACAAGUGUACCGCUCCCGAGUCCUUCCGUGUCCUGUGCCGCAGCGAAGAAGGUGGUUGGGUAGCCGUUUGUCCAGGACGGCGGUCCUGUCACGGCAGUCGCAGUGGUCGGGUGUCAAUGCACACGAUUCAGGUGGACUGGCAAUUUACAGUCGCAGAUGUGCUUGCACAACUGAAGACAAAGGUGGAGCUCUCUCACCCGGAAGUACAGCUGCGGCUGCUGGGGGUGUUUCCUGACAAGAUAUGCCAGAUCUUGCCUCACACUGAUAAGAUCGAGAACAUUGAUACCCAAAAUUGGGCCAUUCAUGCUGAAGAGGUACAGAGUCGGUGA